UUUUAACUUCACCUCUUGUCUCUCCCUCAACCAAAGUCGCCUGUCUCCUCUCUCUCUCCCUCUCUUCUCUCUCUUUCACGCUCUUUUGCUCCUCUUUGCUUGCUUCUCUGUUGUUCUUCCCAUCCCAGGCUGUGUUUCCCCUCAGGCCAUCCCGGAUCCUGCGAUGACGGGCGGCGAAGAAGGGCUCGAGACUCCAUCCUCCGGCUAGCCUCCUGCCACCCCCUCUUGGCCUGUUCCUCUCUGACUUUUUGCUCUUUUGUCACCUUUGCUACUGCUCCUGCUGCUUGUGCUGCUUGUGCUCUGCCUCCUCCUACUCCUCCUCCUCCCCCCCCUUUCAGUGUUCGCUCUCUUUCCAGAUAUUCACACUCCUUCUUGUCCUGAGUAGUCAAGUCGGUUGGUUGCUGAGGCGUCAGACAUCAUAAUCAUAAUCAUCAUCGGUCUUCUGCUGUUCCCCUACUGCAGUCCCCAACUUAGCACAUCCAUAUACACGCGUGUAUAGCUACAUACUUCUGUGCCGCCGCUGGCUGCCCACUCCAAUUGGCCAAACGGACCCAUCUCGCUCGAUCUUUCCGCAACGUCCGGCUCUCUGCUUUUGCCCAUACUGAGCUUGCUUGCUUCUCUCUGGUAGCUAUCUACCUUCUCACACCACCUUCUUGUUGUCAUAACCUCCCCCUAUAAAUAGUUUAAUCUCUGCACAGCCCGAACCGCAAAUCUUUCUCUAUUUCUGUCUUUAUCUCUCUCUCUUCCCCUCUCUCUCUCUCUCUCUUCCCUCCUCUUCAUGGGCACACCUUCAUUUUCAUCUAUUGCUUGUGUCUGUUGAAUUUAUCCUGAUAUAGCAACUGUUUCCUCAGUUGUCACCUGUCCCUUCAAUCCCAACCAGCGUCUCAGAUCACAAUGGCCAACUUCACGGAUGCCCUCCCGCCCCUCCCUGCCUACACCUUGGCGCCCCGUCAGCCCCUCGUCCCUCCCAUCCCGGACAACAUCAUGAUCCUCAUCCUCCCCGUCGUCGCGUACUGGGUCGUCUCCAUGGCCUUCCACUGGAUAGAUGUCAACGACUACUUUUCCCAGUACCGCCUCCACACCCCUGAAGAGCUCCUUAAGCGGAACCAUGUCUCCAGGAGCGAGGUUGUCCGCGACGUCAUCAUCCAGCAGAUCAUCCAGACCGCUGUCGGCCUCGCCAUGGCAUACAUUGAUGAACCCGAAUACACCGGCAUGGAGGACUACCAGAUUGCUGUCUGGGCCCGUCGCGUGAGGAUUGCACAGAGAGCCAUGCCACGGCUCCUCGUGCUCGUCGGCCUGGAUCCCACCGGUUUGGCCGGCAAGCUCUCUCACUAUCCAACCCUUGCGGCUGUUGUUUCUGGCGGUACAUACCCAUUUCUCACCCAGGAGAUCGCCUCUGGGACCGGUAAGGCCAUCGUGGCGCCGGCCUUUGCGCGUUGGGAGCUCUCGCUCGCUAGCAUGAUCUAUUGGUACCUGAUCCCGGCCUUUCAAUUCCUCUUUGCUGUCUUCUUCGUGGAUACCUGGCAGUAUUUCCUGCAUCGUGCCAUGCACCUGAAUAAGUGGCUCUACACAACCUUCCAUUCACGGCACCAUCGACUCUACGUGCCCUAUGCUUUCGGUGCUCUGUACAACCAUCCAGUCGAAGGCUUCCUACUUGACACUGCUGGAACUGGACUUGCAUUCCUCAUUUCCCGCAUGAGUUCCCGCCAAGCGAUGUGGUUCUUUACCUGCUCCACCAUCAAAACAAUCGACGAUCACUGCGGAUAUGCUUUCCCAUUUGAUCCCCUGCAGAAAGUUACCUCCAACAACGCCGCAUACCACGACAUCCACCAUCAAAGCUGGGGCAUCAAAACCAACUUUUCUCAGCCUUUCUUCACCUUCUGGGAUCGUCUCUUGAAUACCAGAUGGAAUGGUGAUGUGACUCUCCGGUAUGAACGCUCACGCCUGGCCGCUCAGCGCAUGGUAGAAGCAGAGAAAGCCCAGGAAGGCACUACCAAACCUGGAGUCAAACCCCCGCCAAAAGAAGAGGAGGAGAGCAACUCACGCAGUUUGCUUGCGAAAACUGUCUGCAAAAAGACCACCUCAUUCUCCUCCCAAACGGAACCAUACAAGGGUGCCUCCCACCGGAUCAACAGUAGCAUCCGACAAAAAUAA